AUGCUAUGGGAAAUUCUGGUAGAUCAAGUACAGGUUGUGCUCGCUGCAAAAAGCGGAAGAUCAAGGCAAGGAUUUCCGCCUCAAAUUGGUAAAUCCAGACUGACCAAGAACAAGUGUGACGAAGGAAAACCAGGGUGCAGGAGAUGCGCCCAAUCGCGCAAGCCGUGCCCCGGAUACCCAUAUCAAGUCCAGCUACAGAUUCGAUCACCGCCAAAAGGCGAACCUUCAGAUUCAAGCCCAGGAGAUCAGCCACCCGGCCCAUCCACAUUCCCAAUCCUCCCUGCCGUCGCUGGACGGAUCCCAUUUUCUACAAGCACUCCUGCUACAGACAAAUUGGCACGCAAUAAAGUCAAGGUCGAGGAUGAUACAAGCAAAUUAGCCUUGCAGAAACUGCCGCCAACCCAACGCUCCAUCUCUCCUCCCUUACGCUACGACAUUCAACAUCAGUCGUUGUGCUUUUUCCUCAAUUUGUUCUGCUUCCAGGCAGGCCGACUUUAUUCGUUUCCGGUCCUCGACUUCUUGCCAGGACUGCUUCAAAAUGCUGAUCCCCGCUCGUGCAUUCACAAAGCUGCAAUGGCAGUGUCCCGAAUGACCUUGGCUGAUAGAUACAGUGGGAAGGACGUGAGGCUACAAACUGGCCGAGAGUAUGGCGUGGCGCUAAGUUUGACGAACGCGACUAUCCGCGACACAGCUGCGAGUAUUCAAGAUGAGACGGUGCUUGCUGUUUGGCUCCUUGGACUCUACGAGAUGGUCAGUGUCGUGCUGAUGCACGGGAGAACAACUCCCGAGUCACGAACGCUGGAGGAAGAGUGGCAGUCUCACCUAUUGCAUGUCAGGGGUGCCAUGAACUUGUUGCGUCUGCGAGGAAUGUCGCAAUUCACAACGGCACGUGGAGAGAAAAUCUUUCGUCUUUUCAAAGCCGCCAUUCAAAUGAGACUCUUCAUAUUGAACACCGUUACCUCCAAGGACUUCGACAAUCUGGAAAUCGACGUCUACCAAGACGAGCAUGAGUUCGUGCCCUCUCAGACCGCAAACAAAGCUACUGCGUACUUCCACCGCGUUGCUCGACUUCUGGAGAAAAUUAAGCAUUUCCUGGGUCAAAGCCCUGCUCAGCAAGCUUUUUCCCAUGCCACAGCCGAUGUGUUUUUGAAAUACGGCGAAAGCUUGGAUGAAGAUAUGGCAGACUGGAGCAAAGACGAACCAGGAUGGGAUAUGAUGAGGGUACGUGCCGUGACAGCCGGCACUAUGUGGGCGCUCUACCCAUCCCACGCGGUCUACUAUUUCUACAGCUUCUGGGUUUUUCUAUAUUGGCUCAGAUUCCUGGCUGCCCGGUAUAAGCUGUAUGAGGCUCUGAUCGAACUCCUGAAGCUUCGCACUAAGCCCUUACCAAGCGAUCACCAAACCCCCUCCGCAAGCAGCAAUCUUCAGAAGGUUUCCAGAUAUCGUACGAUCAUCCAGAUGACUGCAUCGGAGCUCAUUGGUCUGACAGCAUACGCCUUGGGUGAUGUGACUCCUACUGGGGACUUCCAUUCAUCCAUAUCGGGCCACCAUCCAAGACAAGGUUUCCAGGAAAUCAACGUUGUUGCGGCGAUGCAGCUGGUGCUUCCCCUCAAGAUGUUGCAGCGAUCAGAACAUCUCACUGCCACCCAAAAAGGAGCAGUUGACCUUGCUAUCUCUCACAUUGGCGACGGCUUCCGGCGGCAGCCUCUGGUUCUAUUUUGA